GUUACCGCAGUUUUGUGGGAUGGGCAGACCUUUGCAUGCUAUCUAUGGAACUUGUGAUACAAUAAUAAUACCACAUAUAGUAAAGCAAAUUUAGUACACAAAAGUUUGAUGCUAUAUACAACGAAACAUGUCGAUUUGACUGUAUCAAAUCCAAACCAAACAAUUCACGGCUCCCCUUCCUUCCUCCGAAACUACCUCUCUUCCCUCCCAUUCUCAAUUUAGCAAUACCACACACAAAAAACACCUCCCCAACCUCUCUCCAUUCCAUUCCCAUAAACAUGUAUAUAUAGUUAUACGUACUCUCUUGUCAAUUGUUUCUCCCAAAGCAGGACCUAACAAUGGAGAUGUCCACCAGACCAUCUCCAUCCCCUCUCAUUCUCUUCCUCUUCUCCCUCUUCCUCCACCACUUCGCCGCCGUGUCCUCCAUCGGCAUCAAUUAUGGAACCAUCGCCAACAACCUCCCACCACCGGCCCAAGUUGCGCAAUUUCUCAAAGACAAAACAAUAAUCGAUCGGGUUAAGAUCUUCGACGCGAACCCAGAUAUCAUCCGGGCUUUUGCCAACACAGGAAUCUUUCUUUCUGUUACAGUCCCCAAUGGCGAAAUCCCCAAUCUCGCUAACUUACGCAAUGCUCGCAGAUGGGUUAGCACCAACGUCAAACCUUUUUACCCACAAACCAAAAUCAAUUACAUUUUAAUGGGUAAUGAAAUUCUUCACUGGGGAGAUCAAAAUAUGAUCUCGAAUCUCGUUCCCGCUAUGAGAUCUCUGCAUCGGGCUCUGGUUCGGGCCGGACUUGGAGCUAUCCGGGUCACAACCCCGCACUCGCUUGGGAUCCUUUUAAGCUCCGACCCACCCAGUGCAGCCAGUUUCCGACCCGGUUGGGACCGGGCCGUACUAGCCCCGAUGCUUCAGUUCCUCAGACAAACAAAAUCACCGUUUAUGGUCAACCCAUACCCAUAUUUUUCAUGGGCCCCGAAAAACAAUCAGUUCACCCUCUUCCACCGUAACCGCGGCGUUCGUGACCGGUUCACCGGGAAGACCUACUUCAACAUGUAUGAUUUGUUGUUGGAUGCUGUAUUUUCGUCGAUGAAGAAGCUGGGUUAUGGUGAUGUUGAGAUAGCUGUGGGUGAGGUGGGUUGGCCGUCGAUGGGUGACCCGGGUAUGACCCAAUGUACGGUGGAGAAUGCGCAGUGGCAUAAUAUGAAUAUUCUAAUGGAGUCUCGUUCCGGGGCCGGAACCCCGUUGAUGCCUCACCGGAAAUUGGAGACCUAUAUUUUCGCUCUGUUUAAUGAGAAUUUGAAGCCCGGUUCGGCUGCAGAGAGGAAUUUAGGGCUUUUCAGGCCCGACUUUUCGCCCGUGUAUGAUAUGGGGAUUAUGCGAGGAGGACAGGCUGGUGGUGAUGUUGGGAGGCCUAGGCCUAGGCCCGUGCCCGUGCCCGUGCCCGUGCCCGUAGCUGGAAAACAGUGGUGCUUGCCGAAAGUAGGGGCGAGUGACGCGGCGUUGCAGGCAAACAUCGACUGGUUGUGCGGCAAUGGAGUCGAUUGCCGAGCCAUUCAAGUUGGUGGACAGUGCUUCAACCCUAACACGGUUAGGUCUCAUGCAGCUUACGUAAUGAAUGCUUACUACCAGGCCAAGGGUCACCAGAGUGUUAACUGCGACUUCUCUGGCACCGGUGUUGUUGCCUCCUCUAACCCAAGUUAUGGUACCUGUAAAUAUAUCGCUUGAGAUUGGAUCAUACCGGAAGUAGAAAAAAGAAUACAAAGGCUGCAUGGGGGGUUACGCAUUAAUUUAAUUUCUUGUUUCCUUGAAAAGUUUGCAUUGUAACUAAUGUGAAGGUGUUCACUAACUAAUUUACUUCCCACUGCCCAUAUGAUGGUGCAAUUUAAACUUAAUGUUACCCAUUUUUUUUUGGUUAUGGUGUGAUGUUUACAAUGCAUGUUCAAUCAUAAUUCCUAUAA